GUACUAAAAGAAAGGAGAAGAGUAGGGAAGAAAACGAGGAAGCUCCAGAGGGUUCCGAAAAGAAAAAAAGAUGUAUUAUUAUACCGCCUGCCGAUUUUGAAAAUUUCGAAACAUUCUUUGAUAAAUCAAGGAAGUCUGGUAAUACUUCGCCGAAAGCUUCAGAUGUCUCUGUUCUUGUUCACCAGCU